AUGAUGGUCCACUGUGCCGGGUGCGAACGGCCCAUCCUGGACCGGUUCCUCCUCAACGUCCUGGACAGAGCCUGGCACGCCAAGUGCGUCCAGUGCUGUGAGUGCAACUGCAACCUGACCGAGAAGUGCUUCUCCAGGGACGGAAAGCUCUAUUGCAAAAUUGACUUUUUCAGGCGGUUUGGCACAAAAUGCGCGGGAUGUCUGCAAGGAAUCUCGCCGAGCGACUUGGUCCGCAAAGCCCGCAGCAAGGUGUUUCAUCUGAACUGCUUUACCUGCAUGGUGUGUAACAAGCAGCUUUCCACGGGAGAGGAACUCUAUGUGAUAGACGAAAACAAGUUUGUGUGCAAAGAAGAUUAUUUGACCUCCGGGGCCAUUAAGGAAGUCAAUUUGAACUCAGUGUCGUCGUGUACGGAUAGGAGUUUAUCGCCGGAUCUGCAGGACCCAAUACAGGACGACAUAAAAGAGACGGACAAUUCAACGUCCUCAGAUAAGGAAACGAACAAUAUUGAGAAUGAGGAGCAGAACUCGGGGACCAAAAGGCGGGGGCCCCGGACCACCAUCAAGGCCAAGCAGCUGGAAACGUUAAAGGCCGCGUUUGUCGCCACGCCGAAACCAACCAGGCAUAUCCGAGAACAGCUGGCCCAGGAAACGGGACUAAACAUGCGAGUCAUCCAGGUCUGGUUCCAGAACAGAAGAUCCAAAGAGCGACGAAUGAAGCAGCUGAGUGCCCUGGGCGCCCGGCGGCACGCCUUCUUCCGGGGCCCGAGGAGGAUGAGGCCCCUUGGAGGCCGGCUGGAGGAUCCAGACAUUUUGGGACCUGGGGCCUACGGUUACUACGGCGAAUACCAAGGUGACUAUUAUGGACCAGGAAGCAACUAUGACUUCUUCCCCCACGGCCCUCCAUCCUCGCAGGCUCAGUCUCCAGCUGAGUCCCCCUACAUGCUGGGCUCUGGACCGGGACCCAUGGAAGGAUCAGGCCACCACCCUUCAGACGACCAAAGGUUCACGGACAUGAUCUCCCACGCGGAAACCCCGAGUCCGGAGCCGGGCUUACCGAGCUCCUUGCAGCCUGUCCCGGGGGAGGCUUACGGGGGUGGACCCAGUCCUCCUUUUUCCUUGGCAAGUAACUCCAGCUACAGCGCUCCUAUGUCCCACCAAGGCCAGGAGAUGGGAGAAACCACAGCCUGGUAAAGGACAAAUCACAGAGACCAUUCCUGGGCUGAAUGUCAGCCUAGUUAAUUCAGGAGAUGAACUGAAAAAACCCCACAUUGUGGAGUGUAAAGUACAGCUGAAAUUUCUAUGGAGGACUUUUUAAAAUCAUGGACUGAUUUUCACAACUGAUGAACUGAUGGACACGGAAAAGGAAUCAAGAAUGGGGACAGCUUGCAGGAAAAAAAAGUAAUGUGUGCUGCCCAGUAGACACUCCAAAGCAUAUCCCUUCCUGGAUUACUGGACUUGAAUUAUUUAAAAAAAAAAAUAAAAAAAAUUGCGAUUCCACCCAGCAAAAAUGCUUCUUGCCUUCCCCUUGAUGUUAACGAAGGUAUAUUUUAAUGCUCUAGGAACACAUUAGAGAGAAAAGCCAAAGGGGUCAUCUUUAGUUAUCUUAAUUUCUCACCACAUUUUUUUUUAAACAUUGCUUUAAAGCAAUUUUGUUUUUUCAUUCUGUUGCUCUAUACCUUUCCCUUUUGCUAA